AGACGAAGAAUGGCAAGAACCAAGCAGACUGCUUGCAAGUCUACUGGCGGCAAAGCCCCCAGGAAGCAGCUGGCCACCACGGCCGCUCGUAAGAGCGCCCCGGCCACCGGAGGCGUCAAGAAACCUCACCGUUAUAGGCCCGGUACCGUGGCUCUGCGAGAAAUCCGCCGUUACCAGAAAUCUACCGAGCUGCUGAUCCGCAAGCUGCCCUUCCAGCGCCUGGUCCGUGAGGUAGCUCAGGACUUCAAGACCGACCUGCGCUUCCAGAGCUCUGCUGUCAUGGCUCUGCAGGAGCUUUGGGGUCUUUAAAGACUAAAUAAAGCACUAU